GCGGUAGCCCUUAUCCAUGGGGGCUCAGACGCUCGAACUCGUUUUGGUAUCCCUUAGAGGGACUCGGAAUGGUGGUCAUAUCGACAGACGGGAAUGUGACGGAGUCGUCCUAACCAGACUCGAGACUUCAGCUUCAAAUUUUUUGUCGACAGGCAAGACCGUUUUGUCGUCCGUUUUCAGAGAGGAGCUGGUCAUCAUAUCGGCAGACGGGAGCGUAAGGGAGUCGUCGAUUCGAGUUCUCACGUCCAAUCGUCAUAUCGGCGGACCAAGCUGCAUGCCAGCCGGAGUCAUAAGGCGAUGAUUGGUCUUGUUCUGUCAGGGCCAGGGAAGUCACAACUCAGAUGUGGCAACCCUACCGGCCUCUCAAAAGAGACCUACAUUAGGCACCUGGCCUGGUUAAGAUGCAGGUGGGACAAAUUUCGUGGCAUGCCCGGUCGCAUUCCACCCUCCUCCUAUGUUGUCUCUCCUUCCUCUUUUUCUUUCCACUCUUCCUUCUUUUUCUUGCUCGCCUACCUGUGCUACGCCGACGGCAAAUCGGGCGCCCACAGUAAUUCAAGCCAUGCAGCAGAACGAUACUGGAGACUCAGGGGGGCCAAAAGGUGGACCUUUCUCGGGCGGUUUUGCGGCGUUACCUCUCCAAAAUCUGGGUUCCCUUCUCGUCAUAAUCUGCGCCAUCUCCAGUCCAUUCUCGAUAAAUGCUGGCGUCAACCCAACUCGAGCUUGGCCCCUCUGAAAAUUCAUCUCCUUCCCAACCGUGAGUUUGCUCCAAAUACUAGGCUCCGUCGUUUCUCAAGAUGCGGCUCCGUCUCGAAAUCCUUGCCGGUUCCAGUCCAGCCCGGCCUUGGCCCGAAAGCAGCCACCUCCCGCGUCUCGAGCUGCAUGACGAAGUGCACAGCGGUAGCGAGGCUGAUUUCCACCACUUGAAUUGAAUCUUCGACCAGAUGAUGCGAGCGGAUCUCAUCUAAGAUCGACUCAAACGUGAUUGGGGCGCUGAACCCUUCCUGGGCCCCAGUGAGCACGAGCAAAACGG